AUGAACCUUGACGAGCAUUGUCGAAUUCGGAGUUCAAUUUACAAAGGCAAUAUAUAUGGGAAGGAUUUGGCCGUGAAGCAAACCAAGGGAGAUAUCAAGGAGGAGCUGAAUAUCCUCCAAAAAGUGAAUCAUUUGAAUCUGGUGAGCUUGUUAGGCACUUCGUGCGAAACUGAUGGGAGUCAGUGGUUCUUGGUUUACGAUUAUGCUGAGAACGGUUCACUUGAAAAGGGGUUGCACCACAACUCUGCAGCCUCUUCAUCAUCAAGCUCUGCGUUGCCUUGCCUCAGUUGGAGCCAAAGAAUACACAUAGCUUUAGAUGUUGCGAGUGGUCUGCACUGCAUGCAUGAUCACACGCAACCGAACAUUGUUCACUGGGACGUCAGGUCGAAGAACAUCCUUCUGGACUCCAAAUUCAAGGCCAAGCUAGCAAAUUUCUCAAUGGCUAGAACUGUUGCAGACCCUACAAUGGCGAAAGUGGAUGUCUUCGCAUUUGGGAUCCUUCUGUUCGAGUUGCUCUCAGGAAAGAAGGCCUUGACAACAAAAGAUAAUGGAGUAAAUGUAAUGUUGUGCAAGGAAAUAAGGGAGGGUUUGAGGCUUGAAGAGGAGAGAGUGGAUACGAUUAUGAAGUUGAUGGAUCUGAAAUUGGAUAAUCGCUAUUCUAUUGAUGGUGCUUUGAGUUUGGCAGCCUUGGCAUGGAUAUGCACUCAAGAAAAGGCUUUGGCAAGGCCGAAAAUGGACAGAAGUCGUCUUUCACCUCUCGGUACUUGCUCAGUCAUCCUCUAA